AAUCCCGCAUUUCAAAAUCGCGCUGAAACCAACAUUUUUGAAAACCCGAAACCCAACAGAAUGGAAGCUGAAGACAAACGGAAAAGUGAUUAUUUGAAGCGCUGGCAGUUAUACCGGUCAGAGAAAGACAAAUAUGUGAAAGCCAAGCCGGCUUCGAAUUUACGGCGGAAAACCAUUUGCAUUGGAGAAGGGAAAUCUUCAAACCAAGAAGAAAAGAUGGAAUGUCAGUCUGGUAUGAAAAAUAAUGCCAAAGCGGGAAGUUCUGCUCUGACGAAGAAGCAUCUCCGCUUCUCGACCAAUUCCUGCAGACCAGAGAAAAGAAGUUCCUUGAUGCCGGCUGCAAAGCGCUAUGUUGCUAGCAGGACCGAUUCCAAUUUGACGAAACUCAAAGAGGAGGCGAGGAAAAGACACAAGAACGUGAAACCAGCGAUGGAGGCGUGCGAGUACAAACUGAACGACCUGCUGGCAACGUCCCAGAUCUUUGGAACACCAAACACGGUGCGGGUACCAGCGCUGCUCAAGAAGGUCACCAAGCGCUGCCUGACUGAGCAGAACGGUAGGGCACCAGUGCAAGAACCGUUGAAGUCGACUACAGCGAAAGAGAACUUGGAACAAGCGCCACCGACCACCACCGGGAAACGGAAACAUCUUUAUAGAAGCAAAGAGACCAUCAGUUCUUUACGAAAGAAAAGCGCUCGCUCCUCAAUCUCCGUGGUUCCAACCUUGAACAAAACAUCAACAAGUAAAAGACUCAACUUUGACAAAAACAAGACGACCGGACAGGUUAAGCUCACACCGACCUCUGUGAAGGCGCAGAAGGAAAAAAAGGAAACUGCUCGCAAGGAAAUCCAAGAUCAGCUGAAAUCCGUCAUUGAGGAAUGUUCCAUUCUUUUGGAUUCGGAUUGCCCUCCUGCUUGUAUCCUGCCCUGGCUUGAAGAAAUUCAGCAGAAGAUACCGCUGUGCCUCCAUUCAGCUGAGUUUUGGAUGUUGAAGGCACGGGUUCAAUUCCUGCUCAAGGAUGUUGACCAACUUUUUGAGGUGUUUGGCAAUGCCAUGAAGUACAAGGCCAAGCCGGCUGACGUCAUCGCAGAAUCCCUGCCCAAGAUGAUCAAAGACUUGGUCUCGUCCAAAGAGAACUCCGAAGCGACACCAAUGAUGACCACCCCUCCAUCCUCCAGGGGCGGUGCAGGGUUUGUCCCUUACACACCGUCACAAACCCCUUACGACAUGCCAUCCGUCCACGGGCUGGACAUCAGUCAUUAUGCCGGAACACCGAUGCAGGACACCACCCCAGGCCUCCACAUGAGACGGUCAUUUCACUCAGGCAACGUCAAGUAUUUAGUGCGGAGGUCAACGCCAUUCAAGUACAGGUCUGAAAGUGUUGAAGACAGCGAUGCCAUUCUAAUAACGCCAGUCCGUCGUACCACUCGCAGAAGCGUCGUCUCGGCCAGGAGCUCACGCCUUGACGUCAUCAUCGAUUCUCUGGACGACUGCAUCCUUGGGGACAAGAAAAACGUCUUGUUCCAGGACAACCCGGCCAUUCCUCAGUGACCGAAGAAUUGAAGAAUUGUGGUUGUAAAGACCGAAGAACUCUCUGUGGACGAUGGUGAUUGUGAUGAUGAUGAGGAGGAGGAGGAAGAGGAGGAUGCUUGUGGUGAGGGUGAGGGUGGUAUGUUAUUUGCCAGUGUGUGGGUGUGUGUGGGAUUUGAACUCGGUGAAUUUCAUGCUUCCGCAUACACUGCACACAGCCACACAUGGGUGUGUGCACGCAUACAGAUACCCGUACAUGCACAUACACACAC